AUGCCAAACUCAAACACCACCGACCCUCCACCCCCACCACCACCCACCUCCAACUCACCCCCCGAACUCACAUCCUCGCUCAUCACCCGCUGCAAAACACUCCUCUCCGAGCUCGACGCCUUCCAAUCUCUCGUCGCCUCCACGCAACGAAACCCCCAAAUCGUCGAAGCCCGAUCUCUCCGCUCAAACGUCCUCUCGGAACUCCGCACGCUCGAGAAACUGACGGAGAGGGUGCGCGUGGCCAGCGCGGAAACACACAAUGACACCGAUGCCAGUGCCAAUUCCAAUGCUGACGCUGACGCUGACGCCGACGCGGAGAUACAGAAACGGCUACUGCACGCGCUACGGUCCUCGAAUCUGCCGUUCUACGAGACGGUGUGGACGAUAGCGAAGAGGUCGUGUUCGGGGCUUGUGGCGUUCGGGAAGAGGUUUUAUUGGGAUGGGGAGAGCAGGGAGGGAGAGAAAGAGACGGAGGGGAGAGACAAUUCUAAGGCCACGGCCAAAGCUCAGAUUAAGGGCAAAGGCAAGGGUAAUGGAGGCAAGGUUAAACGGAAGAGUGUCUAUGUGGAUAUCGUGGCCGAUGACGGGGAGGAGUGGGUGAAGGUGUCGACGAUCUCAGAGACGAGGUUGUUGUUCGAGAUGGCGAAAAAAGGGUGGGAGGCUGAUUCGGAAUCCGAAGACGGGUCCGACGAGGAAGGGGGACGGACGAUCUUGCAGAAUUUCAAGGACGGUGCGGGCUAUGACAGUGACGAUGAUGACGAGGAUGAGAUUGAAUUGGUCAAGUUGGCAGCGGAUAUGAGGAAGGCUGCUAACGUGACGAGGGUGAACUACAAGCAUCCGCGGCUACGGAUGGUGAUUUCGAAGAUUGAGGAAGGGAAGAGUUCAGACAUCGACAAUUUGCUCAAGGUAAUACGGAGCUAUGGGGUCGUAGUCGAUUGCGGGGAGGGCAAUCUGGGUUCGUCUUCGUCGUCAGAAGAGACCAACCCUGAAGAUGUGCUUGCGAAGGAACUCCGUCGACUUCUGCCCACCCCGUUCAAACGGUUUACGUCCCUGUUAAAUGUGGAUUGUACACUAUUGCUUGCAAUCGUUUCAGACGUGUCUUAUUUCAAGAAGAUACCCCCGUCUCCAUCACUCCAUAGAGCCAUCCUCCGCCAGCUCGAGGUCGAAAGUCAGCGGCCAUUGCUAACCACGGAGCUUUGGCCCGCCAUGGGUGCGCACGAGUUGGUGUGCACCAACGAGGCAGCUAGACGGAUGCGUGAGAUUGUGGACGUGAUUGGCACCGAUACUGAAAAGAAACGGGCUGAGAUUGUGAUGGCCGAUCCGCCAUUCAACGACCGCGAUGCGAAAGACCUCAUCCAUGACCUUCAGCAAUUGUCAGACUAUGAAAUCCCAUCACACUGGAAGCUGCCCAUAAGAAUAGUGGAUGCCGGUCCUGUAAUUGAUGCAGCGAAAAACAACGGCCAGUUGCCUCCGGUAGCCCACCAAGUAACCGAGAUACUGUCUGAUAUCAACUACAGCGUCUUCAUGUAUGGGUGGGCCACUGCAACGACAACAAUAUCCAGCAAUCGAACGGUGGUUAAACAAAUCGAAGCCACAGUGGAGAUGCAAAGAAACGGCGAUGAAGAUCUGGAGGGACCGCAGAUAUGGGUCUGUGACACGGCCAGGAGUUUAGUGGGCAAGGAAAGGGGCCGAAAAGACUAG